CAACAACUCUCUAAUGGAAGAAAUCCUUCGUUCGGUGUCCGAUGCAUGUCCGGUUGACCCAGAUCUUGGACCAAAGAUAAACCAAAGUAUAUCGGAGGGUUUUGGUGCUUGUAUAUGUGUACGGAGUGCCUGUGAGCAUGUGUAUGAUGAACAGAUCUUCUUCUUCGCGGGCGGAACGGGUUACCCGUUGCUUUGAAAGCAGCGCACUCCCGUUGCCACCAGCUCAUCUAUCCAUGUGCUGCACCUGACAAGCAGACGGGGUUUUUCCAGUCUUCUCUCCCAAUCUGAUUGGUAUCCCGACAAUCCAGUUAGGGUCCGAGAUCCUGCAUCUGCAAUCUCUUUUCGCCCUCCCUACCAGCGGUCGGGAUGUCCCUGAACAGAGCCUGUCACUUCGGUUCUUAAACCCAGGCACCACCCCCCACCGCAGCCACGAGCUACCCCAAGCUUGGAGAUCACUGGACCCCCGGCGGUCCACUCGCCUGUCUUUCUUUCAAUAAGAAUCACACGGUCCUCUUUUCGCGAUCCCAGAUCUCUGUUUCAACCUAACUCAGGUACAAGUGUUCAGUCUCCUGCCGCCGGCUCUGUCUUUGUGAGCAACCACCGGCCAACCCGACAAUCGAUAUUUUAUCCCUGGAGUGCUUUUUGCCGUGUCGCACCACCCAGACGACGAGUUGCUCGUCAUUGUUGUACGCUCGUCAUCGCUGUUCAUUCAAAAAAAAAAGACGGCACGAUGGUUCAGUCACAGGGCAAGCCAUCCACGCCGGUUUUGCCAGGUCCAAUGCAUGAGGGUAUAGCCCAGCCAAAAGAUGGACCAUCGGAUUCAUCCAACGCGGCUUCAAACACUACCACUCAACUGACCUUGACCGGACCCCAAGACCUCCUCAACAGCACAAAGGGUCAUGACCUGCCUGGCCGAGCCUCAUUUGACAGUCUUUCGUCUGACCUCGGAAGGCCUUCUCUGUCCACCGAAAGCAACCGCUCGGUAUUCUCUCUAGCACAGAAUUACCAUGUCGGCAACUCUUCAGAAUCGCUAGACACUGCCUACUCGGCAGAUUUGACCCUACCACCCAUCCAGCUUCCUCCCAUACAGCACCUGCCCCACCACAACCAGGACAGCGACUCCGACGAGGACACAGAUCAAGACCAAACCGCUGCACAGCAGGCAGAAGAAGGCAGUAUCAUUGUUGAUUCCGACGACCUGGGUACUGAUGACGGUUAUGGCUCUGACACAAACACCACGGCCUCCACGUCACUGGCAGAUAGUGUGAGGGAGUUCAUCUACGAGAACGGGCGGAGAUAUCACAAGUUCCGGGAGGGCAUGUACAACUUCCCUAACGAUGAUGUGGAGCAGCAGAGGGAGGAUAUGAAGCAUCAGAUGGUCAAGCUGCUUUGUGGGAAGUUGUUCUUUGCGCCCCUUGACAGGCCGCAGCAGGUUCUGGAUAUUGGGACGGGGACGGGGAUAUGGGCCAUCGAGAUGGCGGAUGAGUUUGUGGGGGCCGAGGUGCUGGGGGUGGAUUUGAGUCCGCAUCAGCCGGACUGGGUCCCACCCAAUGUCAAGUUCAUGAUUGACGACGUGGAGAGCCCAUGGUUGCACCCGAGUAAUCAUUUUGACUAUAUCCACUCGAGGCACACGGUUAUGGCCAUCAAAGACUGGCCGAGGUUGAUGAGACGGGCGCAGGAAUGCAUGAGGCCCGGGGGUUGGUUUGAAAUGCAAGAGGUGUAUCAUUUUCCGAUUUCAGUAAACGACUCGAUGCCGCCGAACCAUCCUAUCGCGCGGUACUGGUCUUUGAUCAACGAGGGUUUAGAACGGCUCGGUGUCGACUUCCACGCCGUUGCCGGGGGCAAACUUGCGAACAAGAUGCGUGACGCUGGGUUUGUCAAUGUCACGGAGAGGGUGCUGCAGAUACCCAUUGGGACGUGGCCCAAGAACAGGAUCUUGAAAACGGUGGGAUUGUAUUGGAGGACUAUUUUGCUUGACGGCAUCCAGGCAAUUGCUCUCGGUCCCUUGACAAGAGGGCUUGGGUGGUCACAGUCGGACGUGGAGAUGCUGCUGAUGGAGGUUAGGAGAGCAUACAAGGACAAUAGCUGCUUGUUGUAUAUGCCGUUUCACAUCAUCUACGGACAGAAACCGGCGUGA